GAGCAUGAUCUCACAUAAUACUUGAAUUUCACUCCUUAGCUCUCAGAUUUGCCUUUUUAUGUCCUGGUGCGUGAGUCAGUAAGUCAAGUAGGGCUAUCAUCAUUUUUGGGGGUCGAGUUGCAAAAGAUUGGCUAAAAUUUCCCCUACACUCUCGUUUUUUCCUUGCAUACAUCUUCGUGUUACGGUAUCGAGUGUUUCAGAAUAGUGUUCCUUCACGGAAAAAAGUUGCUCAAUGGGGCAAAUAAAUAUCGUCUCGUGAGAUGUGAAAUUGUUUCUGCGCUAUAGCAUGCAUACUUUCAUCGAAACUCCUGAGGGACCCCGAAUAAAGAAAAUAAUGCAUAUUAUAUUGCGAGUUAAGUGAAAUUUAUUAUUACGUCAUAGCUUUUCAUCUGGAAAACUUUUAAAACAAAAAUUGAAAAGGAUUUCUGUCUCCCAGCGGAACUACAGACGUUGGUAUAUGUGCAUUCAUACUUUGACAAAUAUAGUCCAUACACCACGCAUAUUACUGAAGAACUCUCGAAAUCCGAUUAGAGCACCUGGGACACAAUCCAAUUAAAAUACCCAACAUCAUCAAAACUGGGGAAAUUUAAGAAGACGAAAACAACUACGACAAAGGGGCUGAACAAGAAUUUACAUAAAUCACGAAGGGACAAGAGACAAACUGGGUGGUGCAAUGUACAGCUCGUCAUCAGCAGCUACGCCAACCUCACUGUCGUGGGGUUUGGUGGAUAACGAGGGCGACGGCGACGGCGGAGAGAGCAUGACCACAUUUUGGGAACACAAGGAAGACGACAGUUCUAUUUGGAAUAAUUCCACCCCGAAUAGCACGAUCGAGUUGGAACUGCCAAUUGACAUGCAGUUCAAUGCUGGCCAUGUCUUAUCAAUUGUCGUCUACUCCGUGCUCUUUGUUUUGUCGGCAAUCGGAAAUCUUACUGUUCUAAUAAUCCUUUUACGAAGAAGGAAGACCCGACUUGUGUUUCCACCUAUGGAUUUCUUGCUGUUAAACUUGGCAGUUGCUGAUUUAAUGGUAACCAUGUUUUUAAUGCCUCUCGAGGUUGCAUGGAACGCUACGGUAACGUGGCGAGGAGGCGAUUUGCUCUGCCGAGUAAUGGCCUUCUUCAGGAUUUUCGGACUUUUCCUCUCAAGCUUCGUUCUGGUCUGCUUGGCUGUCGACCGGUAUAUGGCUGUCAGGUUCCCCAUGCAGUCGCUUUCUGGUGUGAGAAGAAGUAGGCAAAUGAUUGCCUUGUCAUGGAUCCUGUCGGUAUUCUGCAGUUCCCCUCAGGUCGUGUUUUUUCAAGUGGAACACCACCCCGUUUUUACUUGGUACACUCAAUGUGUGGUCUACUCAUCCCUACCAACCAAAACACAUACGUUUGCGUACUUUCUCUUUGGAAUGUUCUUCACGUACUUGGGACCUUUCAUUAUCAUUCUGAUCCUGUAUUGCGGCAUUGUAAUCGAGCUAAUUAAGAGACACAAAGAAAGCAAAGGACAAAUGAACAGCAGAAACGGAGGUGAUGGGCUGAGGCGUUCGGGAAUUGGUAAUAUUGGGAAAGCAAAGGAGAAAGCACUAAAAAUGACUGCCGUGAUUAUUAUUGUCUUUUUCGUGUGCUGGACACCAUAUUUUUUAAUUUCUCUUUGGUACUUCAUUGACGAAGAUUCGUUCAGCCAGCUUGAUCCCAAAAUCAAUAAAGCUUUGUUCUUUUUCGCGUGCACCAAUUCGACAGCAAACCCCGUGGUCUAUGGGAUCUUCCGUCUCAAAUCAAAUACGGACACUCUUAGGAGAGAUAAUAAUGGCGGGACGUUACGACAGGGAAUAUCCGGAGAAUCGCUAUGCCAACGUCACCUUCACUCCAACAACAGCUUCCGCAUGUCGGAAGUGACUCAAGACCAGAGCGUCACCAUUUACACGCCUCGCAAGAGCACAAUCAACGUGAGCAUUAUGCAACAGCCGAAAGAGUCGCAGGGCUGCAAUUUGGCUGUCACUGCUAGCACCAGCAACCAUGCUAUCAAAGGGGUUUUAACACCCUCUUAUGUCUAACUAAUAAACUUCCCACUUCCUCGUUGAAGUUGAUUACGAAAUCGAACUGGAUCAACCAACGCUCAUGUUACAUUGGGAUUUGGAAGCACUCUGAUAAGGAAUCAUCCCAGUCCAACCUUAAAUACUUUGCUUUUACAUAUACUUCUCCUACUAAAACCUUGUUAUAUUGUAUCCUGCAAAUAUUUUUGAAACAUUGUUCCGUAAUGGUUGUAGUACUUAUGCUAUGAUAUUUUAGGAUUUGGGCAUUUAAACUUUAUGGAAUACUGAAGAAUAUUUUGCUCUGCGUAAAUAAACAUGUAUGAAAAACAGA